UUCGGGAGGGCUGGUGGCAUUGGAGAUCGGUGGGAAGGCUGGGGAUAUAGCGAGGAUGUGAGACAGAGGAGGGCUCCCCGGGGAGGUGUCUGUGCAAACCCCACAGCAGAGGCAGGAACUCCCAGUGCAGGUGUGGGAGCCACAAGCCGUUGGACCGCUCUGGCCAUUGCGAGUGCACCGAGAGCGAGCUACAAGCUCUCAGGCAGUUCUGACGUCAGGGGCUCUGAAUGCCACCGUGAGGGCUUGCUACUCGAUCCCCCACGUCCUGGGGAGGCAGGAGAAAGACAUGAGGGGAGCCCGGCGGGAGGACGAUGAAUCUGGCCGCAUGGAGUGGAGUGGGUAGAUUGACGGGGGAAGAGAUUGGGGGUGGAGAGGCCAUUUAAAAGGCUGUUGCAAAAUCAGUUUUCCUGAUAAAGAGCUGGGCUGAGUCAUCUGUGGAGGAGAGAAGUCACAUCCAGCUCCUCCGCGUUGCUGGCGAGGUGGGAUUUGCCUCUCUGUCAGCGAGGCGAUUGGCUGCCUUUCCCAGAGGCUUUGAGAACCAAGGCCGGCUCAGCACGGAAGGGGAACUGGGCAGCAGUGAAGACCCGGCCACACAUUGGGCCGGAGCACGAGCCUCACCGAGAAGGAUCUGAAAGAGGCCAAGGCGCGGAGCCAGCAGAUCGCAGCCCAGCUGACCACCCCUCCCAGCUCCAACUCCCGAGGCGUCCAGCUCUUCAACAGGCGCCGGCAGAGGGUGAACGAGUUCACCUUGGAGAGCCACGGCCGGAGGGGACAGAAGCCCAGCCAGGAGUCCCCAAGAGGGCCCCCCGGCAGCCCCACAGGCCAUGCCCCAGGGCUCAGCCUGAGUCCUGCCUCACUUCACGAGCCAGGCCCUCUGAGGAGCCCCGACGGCCAGAGCCCUGACCUAGGGGUCCCUGGUCACAGCAUGGAGGGGUGCUCAGAGGAAGCCAGCUUGCUGCGGCACCUGGAGAAGGUGGCCAGUGAGGAGGAAGAGGUGCCCCUGGUGGUUUAUUUAAAGGAGAAUGCAGCCUUGCUGACGGCCAAUGGACUCCACCUGUCCCAGAACCGAGAGACCCAGAAGAGUCCACCCACCCCGCCUCCAGCUGAGGUCCACAGUCCAGCUCCAGAUGUCAACCAAAACCUUGCCUCCCCCAGUGCCGCACUCAGCACACCAGCUGCUAACGGCAGCCACCACCUGCCAGCCACAGAUGUCAAUCAGAACCCGGCGGCGGCGGUCACCCCUCAGAGCCUGCCGUGCUCUAGCCUCCAGCAGAACUCCUCGGAGGCUCAGCUCCCACCGCCCGGCACAGUGCCAGAUGCUACACCCAGCACCCAGUGUGCUGGCGGGCAACCCCAGGAGCAGGUGAGACCCAGCACACUCCUAACUGACAAGGUGUCAGCUCCAUCGACCACCAGCUGCACCUUCCCCAGAGAAGUGGCUCCCAGCUCCGGGUCCCCAGCCCCAGACUUCAUGUCCAGCUCCCUGCUCGUCGAUGUCCAGCCCAGCGCCCCAGCGGUGUCAGCAGAACAAGAGACAUCUGGGCGGGCAGUGGCCACCACGCCCACCACGCCCACCAAGCUGUACAGCGAGGUCCACCUCACGCUGGCCAAGCCCCAAUCCGUGGUCAACAGGACGGCCAGGCCCUUUGGGAUCCAGGCACCAGGGAGCACUGGCCCGAUGGAGCGGAGCCCCAUGGUGGAGAGAAGACAUCUCGGGGGGAAGGCCCCGGCUUCCCAGCCCCCCAGCAUGGCCGACAGGAGCCCUCGGCCACAGAGACACGUUCUGUCUCACAGCCCCAUAGUGGAGAGGAGGCCCAUGGCACAGCGCAGCCCCGCCUUGGAGAGACGCCCCUUGGGGAACUUCGCCCCACCCCCCACUUAUGCUGAGACCUUGUCCACGGCUCCCCAGGCGUCCCGGGUUAGGUCUCCCCCCUCUUACUCUGCCUUGUACCCCAGCUCUGACUCCAAGCCUUCCCAUCUGAAGGGCCAGGCGGUUCCCGCCGGCAAGACAGGAAUUUUGGAGGAGUCUAUGGCCCGAAGGGGCAGCCGGAAAUCCAUGUUCACCUUCGUGGAGAAGCCCAAGGUGACGCCAAAUCCAGACCUGCUGGAUCUGGUACAGACAGCUGAUGAGAAGCGGAGGCAGAGGGACCAGGGGGAGGCUGGAGGGGAGGAGGAGCCCUUCGCGCUGGGGGCUGAGGCCUCCAACUUCCAGCAGGAGCCAGCACCCAGGGACAGGGACAGCCCCACUGCAGCCGAGAAUGCUGUCCCCGAGUGGGCCUCCUGCCUCAAGUCCCCGCGCAUACAGGCCAAACCGAAGCCCAAACCCAACCAGAACCUGUCAGAGGCCUCCGGGAAAGGGGCUGAGCUCUAUGCCCGCCGCCAGUCCCGCAUGGAGAAGUAUGUCAUAGAGUCUUCGGGCCACGCCGAGCUGGCCCGCUGCCCUUCACCCACUAUGUCCCUGCCUUCGUCCUGGAAGUACUCCUCUGGCAGCCUCCGAGUGGCAUCCCGAAGCCCAGCUCGGACCCCACCUGCCUCCCUCUACCAUGGCUACCUGCCUGAGAAUGGGGUCCUGCGCCCAGAGCCCACCAAGCAGCCGCCCUACCAGCUGCGGCCCUCGCUCUUUGUCCUCUCCCCCAUCAAGGAGCCAACCAAGGCCUCACCAAGAGCCGCCUCCCCCGCCAAGCCGAGCUCUCUGGACCUGGCGCCCAGCCUGCCCAAGGCGACCCUCCCACGGUCACCCGCCCUGCCUCGGCCCUCCCGCUCCUCGCCAGGCCUCUACACAGCCCCGGGCCAGGACGGCCUCCAGCCCACUGCCGUGAGCCCCACCUACAGCAGCGACAUCUCCCCUGUGUCUCCCUCCAGAGCCUGGUCUCCCCGAGCCAAGCAGGCCCCCAGGCCCUCCUUCAACACCCGGAAUGCCGGGAUCGAGGCUCAGGUGUGGAAGCCUUCCUUCUGCUUCAAGUAACGGACCCACAGGGAUCCCACUGCCUGUCAGGGCCCCAUCUCUGAGGGCAGGAUGGAAAGCAGAUGUGGCAGGAAAUGGCACAGGGCUGAGAGUCAGGAGUACGGGGACUCAGGGCUCAAGGGCUGAUGCUGCUGCCAGCUAGCUUUGUGACUGACGCUGCGCAAGUCACCUCCCCUCUCAGAGUUGCAGCUGCCAGUUCCCUGCUCUGAGGGUGGUUGGACUCCAUGUCAGGGAUAGAAAGCUUGCUACUGGGCGGGAGGAGGGUCAUGGAGGCAGGCGCCAAUGAGGCUGGGGCUUCCUCUGGCCUUUGUGAGCUAUUAGGAUGCUAGCAUCUUGCUGGGGAAUGGCCUGGAAGGGGACCUUCACACGGGCUUCUGGAGCAAACAUCCUGCCAGAGCCUGUGGAACGGCGGGACCACCCUCAUGUGGCCCGACUUCUGGCACCUUUCUGCCUGUUGCUGGAUUCUCACCUCCACGGGUCUGUCUCUUCCACCUCUGCCUUCUGGACACCGUUUCCUCUCCGCUGCUUCAGAGAGCUUUGCCUCGGCCUCCACAUUUCCUCCUGCUGGAUGAAGACUUAGCCCACUGCUGUCUGAUGCUUUUCUCCUGCCCUCUGUCAGCUGCCUCCAUGCCUUCUCCAAACACCUGGCUCCGCUUACGGGACAGCUGAAGCAGCUCAUCCCAGACCUCUACCCUGGUUCCACCUAGCUUGCCCCCACUACUCUGGGGUAGGGGAGGUCCCAGGGACCCCUGAGACAGCCCAGUAGAAGGCUGUGCAGUGGGGAGAGAGUCCCCUGGCAAUGUAUCCGAUGGCUGCUUUGGCUGCAACCUCAGCCAAGAUCUGCCUGACUGAAAGCAGCCAUCUCCAUGCAGUGGAAGGGAGAGAGGCAGGAGAGGAGGGUCUGGUCCAUCUCAGCCUCUCAUUUGCUGAGUGACUUUGGCCAAGUCACUUUCCCUCCCUGGGCCUCAGUUUUCUCAUUUAGACAAUGAAGGCUCCACCAGUUGUGACAAUCUGUGAGGGUGAGAAGAUAGGCUGGUGCUUUGGGAGAAAGGCCUUGUAAGUGAUGACAGUCCCCUGGGAGGAGAGGGGAAGGAGAUGGGCAGUUGCUGUAGGACAGAUGGAGAUGAGAUGUCUGCAAGGUUGUUCUGGGGAGGGUGUGGCUGGAAUGAGCUGCUGGAGGAGCCGAGGGAUUGGAAGCCUAGACUGGGAUGGCUCAGGUGCAGGAUUGCUGGGGCAGUGGGAGCGGAGCAGCUCGGGGAGAUGGGACGGAGGAGACCUUAAGGUUCUGAGGAAAAGCCUGGGACGUAAGAGUUGACUCCAUGUGUAUCUUUGGGUCUCAGUUUUCCCAUUCAUAGUACAGUGAGGGUGCUCAGUCAGGUAGUAUGAGAACUUUACCACCUCUGAAAGCUUUAUGUGCUGCAACCCCCCAACACCAGGCUUUGUGGGGGGUGAAAGAAUACAGAGGCAAGAGGCAGAAUUCAGAUGGAAGAUUCCCAAGGCUGGGGCCCGAGCACCACCCACUUACUCUUUUCCAGCCCUAUUUCUGGGCUCCCCAGUGGGGAGAGGGGUGGUGGAGGCGGUGCCCAUGCUGGGCUGAGCCUGCAGUUUUCCUGAGCUCCGGGCUCAUCUCCAUGGGAACGGGGUGCCUUCCCAGUGAGUUCAUUCUGCCCAGAAUGCAGGGGCAUGUAUGGGGAAGUCUUGAGUGAGCUCAGCAGAUCCAUGCAGCCCCCUCUCAGGACAGAGUGAAGCCCCUGCCCUAGACCUGCUCCCUUGACUCCUGGAAGAGCCCACCCUCCAUCCGGCAACGCCUGCGGCCAGGCUGGCCAAGCUCUUCCCCCACUCUGUUUUCUCUCCUGUUCUCAAUACACUCUGCCUCAAACCUG